AUGUCAAGUGUUGGAUGCAAUAGGGGUCCUGUGAAGAUUGUGAUAAUCAAUACUCAGUAUGUGGAAACUGAUGCUACAAGCUUUAAGUCUGUGGUGCAGAAGUUAACUGGUAAAGAUUCUGAUCCUUUAGCAUCAGAAGCAGAGGGAAAAGCUCAGAGGGAGAGACAUAAACGACAUGGGGUUGAGGUUCCAGAUGCGGUAAGUGAUCUUCGAAGAAGCUCUUUUUUGAUGAGAGAUGUGUCGUUUAAGGAGUUUGAAAGGUUGCUCAAUGAGAUGCCACCGUUAAACGAACUGAUCUGA